AUGUUAACCUAACCUUCACAUUUGUUGUGUACCGCAGUACCGCUAAAAUUUCUGUCAUUAUUGUUGGAUUCUAUAUUAGUAAAAUUUAAAAGAUAUAACUUGUUUUUUUCUGAAUUACAGUCAUGAAAUUUAGGUGUAGAAUGAAUGAUGUUGCUGCUAUGCGUGAUUUCACAAAUAUCGUUAACACGGUUUCACGCAUGUCAAAGAGGUGCGUGAUGCGUUUGACCCCAGAUGUUCUUUGCUUCAAUGUUGGCGAUGAGCAUCUUCCUGUAGUCUGGGCAGAGAUUUGCCAGCUUCGUUUUUUCCAUGAAUAUGAAAUUACUGGCUCAUCUGAAGAGCUUAAUGAAAUUUAUUUGGAGUUGGACACAGUGAUGCUUGCUAGAAGUGUUGCAUCUUUGAAACAAAAUGCAAAAAGUGCUAAAAUCAAACUGGCAAAUAAAAAGCAUCCAUGUCUUACAAUUGAAAUCGAGUUACCCUCUUUGAGUAUGGAUUCCAGACAGUGUGUUCAUGACGUUCCUGUUCAAGUGAUUCCUAGAAGAGAAUGGAAUGAAUACCGAGCACCUAGAAUUCCUGAAUUUGAUAUAUCACUGGAAAUGCCUCAGCUGAAGCACGUUCGCAACAUGGUUGAGAGAAUGAAAAAUAUGAGCUCGAAUUUGACUUUAGAGACAGACAGAGAUGGCAAAUUAAUUCUCAAAGUGGAAAAUGACUGUGCAAGGAUAGCAACAUAUUUCCCCAAUUUGAAGGUCUGGUGUAGAUCCAACUUGGAAGAAGAUAUUUCAGCCAGUGUAGAUAUAAAAAAAUUCCAUACCUUUCUUUCAUGGGAAAUAAUACAUCCGGAUAGUGUCAAGUGUAACAUUCUUCACGAAAGGACAGUCAACUUGCAUUUAUGUUCAGAAGGAUAUCUUACAAUACACUACUUCAUGCCAGCGAUCGCCUCCUAAAUAACGAUAGUCAAAAUAUUUCACAAGUGCCUUAUAUUAAAUAAUUAUUCAAUUACUUAAGAAAUGUAAAAAUGAAAAAUAUAACUUUAUUUAUUCGUCAACAUUA